UGCGUGGUGGUUGUUCGUGUGACUGAUGUAAUAUUUUUUAGUGCAAAGUUGAUGUAGCGGUAUGUCAAUACAUUAUGAACAAUACCCAAGUAAUAGUUCUUAUUGUAACUGGACAUGCAAUCAUCCGUGAUAUUCGCUUCUGUAAUAACCUAAUUACGAAUAAACAUCGGUUGUACUUCGUGUGUGACGUUAACGAAUGUGCAAUGGGCUCAUGAAUUUCCUAUUCUUACCGCGCAGUUUCUAAGACUUUAUCAAAAAUGGCAGGGUCCACUUUACCGGAAAGGGUAGCACAGAUUUACUAUACGUAUGGUCUCUUCUGUUCCUCGUACCCUUAUAUAGCUAUCAGUUUAGCACUCUCAGUUGUUCUAUUAUGUUGCUAUCCACUACUGAAUGUACCGUUACCUGGAAAUAUACCGACUGUUGUAAACAUGCAUCUAAAUAAUCCUCAAAUGAACCCUGACUGUAAUGGAAAUAAUUGUCCAAUGACAGGAUUACCAUUUCAGUUAGACCUAUUACAUAAUGAAACACAUAAACUUCCCUAUGUUUGGGUGAAGGACAAACCAUUGCUCUAUAUACAUCAAAUAAUAAUUAGAAUCGGUGUCUCUCCGUGGAAUAACAAUCUUAAAAUGUGGGAUGCUUUUCGAGCCCCUCUCCAAGAAGUGUUUAGAUUAUUAGAAACUAUUCGCAAUCAUGAAGAUGCUGACACAAAGGAAACCCUAUUGCAACACUGUUACCAAAUUGAAGGCAUAAAGCGAAAGGACAGCAAGGCAAGUGUGGAACGUGUGUUGCCAGAAUACAGCUGCCUUCUUCUCUCACCAGCUAACCUCUGGCAACAGAAUCUUCAAUCAUUUUCAUUAGAUGCCAACAUAGUCAACACCGUGUUUAAUUACCAGAAUCUCCAAAAAGGCAAAGUGUCCAUAGCGGAAAUGGCGUUCGGUAUGCACCUGCGUGACACGGGAAUUAAACGAUAUCCGCUACGUGCACGUCCCCGAGUCCUGCAAUACGCCGUCACCAUAUUUUACCGACACGCGGACCAACGUUACAUCAACUCACUGUCGAAAAAACUAAGGGAGAUUUACCCACUGUAUCAAGAAACAUCUCAAGCACAUUCGGAAGAAAUGACUCUAGUUUAUUACCCCGGACAGUUCAAUUACCAUGAGCUGAUACCUCUAAUGAUUGCCUUUGUUGGAUUAUUUUUAUACGUUUACUUCUCUGUGCGAAAAAUUGAAUACAUAAAAUCCAAACUUGGACUGGCUGCCUCGGCUGUACUGACAGUAGCUGGAAGUCUAUCGAUGUCUUUGGGACUGUGUUUUUACUUCGGAUUCUCAUUGAGUUUACAAGGAAAAGAAAUAUUUCCUUACCUAGUGAUAAUUGUGGGACUCGAAAACAUCCUUGUAUUGACGAAGAGUGUGACGUCAACCGACUCCAGGCUCGAUGUUAAAAUUCGACUCGCUCAAGGCCUAAGCAAAGAGGGUUGGUCGAUUACCAAAAAUUUACUCACGGAAAUUACCAUUCUAACAGUCGGUCUGUUUACAUUUGUGCCGUUCAUUCAAGAGUCUUCAAUAUUUAUGAUUGUCAGCCUCAUUUCCGAUUUCUUCAUUCAGAUGGCGUUCUUCGCCACAAUAUUAGGCAUUGAUGUGAGACGAAUGGAAUUCUUUCCCGAUCAAAAUUCAAAGUUUUAUCUUAAAGACUACUUUAAUGCAAACAAUGCUUUCAACUGGCAAUUCAAUACGGGGUAUUCAGAAGAGACAAAUAUUUCUCCGCAAAGAAUGACGAAGUCCAAAUCACAUCCGAGAUUGAAUGGGUUGGCUCAGAAUAGUCCCACGGAUGUAGUAGCCAAGAGAAACUCUAGUCCGGGAGGACAAGACCAGAGAGUGCCCAAACGAAUAAGGCUUGUCAAUAUGUGGGCAAGGACGAGGUUCUUUCAAAGAGCUUUUAUGCUAUGGAGACUUGUCUGGAUUUCUAUGAUCGUUUAUAAUUCCGGUGUGGUGGACUACUUUAUUGCGCCGGCGGAAAAAUCUGAUGUUAACGCGGAACACCGUCCGAGUAAAAACACAAUAAGCGAAUGGAGAGACAAACAGUCACUGAGUAUGGUAUACAACAACAGUGCCCGGCAGCCUUUAGUGUUCUCGCCCUUACUGGAAACUACCGCGUCGGAUAAAACAGUUGUAGAAGCAAACGAUACCAUUUUCCUGAAGCAUUCGCCUCAUUACCGGACGUCAUCACGACUGUCGCCGUACCAUUGGUCGUCGAUUCUCUCGCAAUACAACGAAUCAGUUGCGGGGCGGUACGUGGUCGUACUUCCUCCGGUGUUGGUCAGCCAUCGCGUUGGGCCGGAGCUAGCCACCGGGCUACGUCAUCCGGACGAACGUGACCCGCCACCGUUACGUUGGCAAGCACUUGCUGCGGCUUUGGAUCCUAUUGAUAUAUUGCCUGAGUUCGAAUUGAUCGAUACGAAAAAUCAAGCGCAUCAAUGGGGAAAAGGCCAGGAGCUUCCAAUCUAUCCCACAACCCCAAUGGAGAUAUUGCUGCUCGCCAUACUCUGCACCAUCAGCAUAGCUGUCAUCGGUUACAUGAUGGUGGUUCUUUAUAGAUGCAUUUGUUCGAAACACUAUGCGGAAUGGCGCGCCUCGUGGAACGAAGAUAGUGAAUAUAAGAGGAUUAUUGAAAAUGAACCAGCUGUUCAGUUGGUAAUGGAAGCAGUACCUUUAGUAGUGGCAGGUCACAGUCAAGAAGUGGAAUGUCUUGUGACAGACGGUGAAAAAGUAGUCAGUUCGUGCCUUCAAGGUAACAUCAAAGUGUGGGACUCGCUCAACGGAGAAAUCAUCACGAACAUUGACCGCAGCGCGUACUUUAAACUUCAAAUGGACCUCUUUGAGAAGGUCACCUCCAGAAGAAACUCAACUAGUGAUCAACAAAUCACAAUUCAGUCAUGCAACUGUCCAGAUCUAGCAGCGCAACCGAUAUACGAUAACGUUCCGAGACUCCGAAGAGGGAUAAGCAGUCACUUGAGCAAUUUACGAUUUCAAUCUAACAAUAGAGAUUCAUCGUAUCUAUCUCCAGAAGAAAACACUAGAUAUCAGUUUGCCAAGGCGUACAGAGACCUCUAUUACACCAACCAAAGUGAAGUGACCGAAAGGACGAAUUCAGACUUAAUGAAUUUAAACGUAGGCAAACAAGACUCAAGUGCAACGAACGUUAAGGACAAUAGUAGUGAAAUAAGUGCAAUUACAUUAAAUACGUGCACCAAUUCUCUCGGUAGCUUGAGAAAUAGAGGUGGUAGUAAGAUAAGCAGUAGUAGAAAUAAUAAUUGUGAUAUGGAAAGUGCUGCGAAUUCAAACUGGCGAGCGAGAGCUAUGAGUGAAUCUCCUGUAUGGUGUAUGGAUUUUUGUAACAAUCUCAUCAUUUUGGGCUGCUCCGAUGGUAGACUGGAGUUCUGGGAGGCGAACACUGGAAAACUUAUUUGUGUGUGGUGGUUCUCGGAGAGGCAUUCGAGCGGUAGGGGCGUGACACACGUCCGGGCACUGUCGGGUGCGCGGAAAGUGUGCGCAGCAUCCUUGUCCGGCCACCUCACGCUUUUAAGACUUGACGCAUUCAACGCAAGGUCCGGCGCGCACGUCGACUGGCGAUUCAGCACCGCCCACCGAAGAACACACAAAAGGACAGGUUCUGCGGAGUCGUUGGGGAUCACACACGGCUUGGAGGAUCACAGAGGGCGGAUGAGCUUCUCCUACGACGCAGACAGUGACAGCGAUGAAGUGGUUUGCGUUCCCACUGCACACUGCAGACCGCAUCAGCAGCCCAUCACAGAAAUGCACUCAGAUGGCGGCCGCAUACUUACUGGUGGACAAGAUCACGUAUUAAAGGUUUUCUCAAGUGCUGAGCUGACGCCGUUGUUUACUCUUCACGGCCAUUGCGGACCUAUUACGUCUUGCUUCAUUGACCAUGCCACGCCUACCAUAGCGGGCAGCGGGUCACAAGAUGGACUACUAUGCGUCUGGGACUUACACACAGGUGCUUGCGUAUACAGUAUGCAAGCGCAUGACGGUGCGGUGACGUCACUGGCGUACACAGCUUCGUACGUGGUGUCAGCCGGUGCUGAUGAACGGUUAUGCAUUUGGGACCGUUUCCAGGGACAUAUGCUCAACUCCAUACACAUUGGCCUCAACUACAUGAGCCGAAUGCUACCUCUGACGCAUACUCUGCUUGUAAUGGGCGACCGGAGUGGAUUAACUGCGUACGACCUCAGCAGCGGUGACGUCAUCCGGCGAGUGCUCUUUGGUCAAAGCGACGGGUGUAUAUUCGUACGGCAAAUUUUACCACUAAAAGACGCUAUAGUGUGCGAUUACGCGAACCAACUGCGCAUAGUGCGUUUCCCCUUCGUAUCGAAAUUCGAUAUGAAGAACGAAUAACAUCCACUUAUUAGGCGCUUUUAAGCGCAAUGUAAAUCAGAACUAAAUUCUUACCGUCAUCACAUUGGAAAGCUAUUGUAGCACAAUAGAAUUAUUAAAAGCAAGAAGAUACGUUUAGUUAUUUAUUAUUUUUUGUUUCUUAUUCAUUGUGUUGUUUUUUUUUAAUAAUAUCCUAUACUUUUUACCUUUAAAUCACUGAUACCUGCAUUUGUAAUAAAUUGGUUCCAACCAUAAAUAUUCAGUGUUAUUAUCGAUGAUUUUGUAAAUAUUACAUGAUUCUCAAUGCAAUUUAUCAGAAAUUCAGGUAUAGUUUAAGUAACUGAGUAAGUUGUUUUUUUCUAAGUAAAGCUCUAAAAAUUCAAGUUCAAAAAUUCUUCAUUCAUGUGAGCCUAUCGCAGGCGUUCAUUCAUAAAUGUUUACAUAAUUGUAAGGGGAUGGUGAUAACUUCGUUCGCUAACUUAAGCCUAAAGCUGCGGGGGGUUCCAAACGCGAAGAGCCCACAA